AAGCGUCCCUACCAUUCAGAGCAGCAGCUGCAGCUUCAGGGAAAAUUCAGCCCUACGACAAUGAGUGAAUCACUGGUGGUGUGUGACGUGGAUCAAGAUCUGGUUAAAAAGCUGAGGGAGUUCCGUUUCCGGAAGGAGACCAAUAAUGCGGCCAUCGUCAUGAAGAUUGAUAAAGACAAGCAGCUUGUUAUUCUUGACGAAGAGCACGAGGACAUUUCUCCUGACGAUCUAAAGGACGAACUGCCUGAGAGACAGCCAAGAUUUAUCGUCUACAGUUACAAGUACCAGCAUGAUGAUGGACGUGUGUCUUAUCCCCUCUGCUUCAUCUUCUCCAGUCCAGUGGGUUGCAGGCCAGAGCAGCAGAUGAUGUACGCAGGAAGUAAAAACAAACUGGUGCAAACUGUUGAACUGACCAAGGUGUUUGAGAUCAGAAACACAGAGGACCUAACAGAGGAAUGGCUUAGAGAGAAACUCGGGUUCUUCCGCUAGAGUCUUCCCCUCAUCCAGAGGUCUGGGAUGAGAGGAGGAUCCAGAUUGCACAACUUGUGUCAUUGCUGGGGGAGAACACACCGCAGUUCAUGUUUCCCUCCUCUUUGUACCAGUCCUGAUUUAAGUUGUGUUUGCAAACACUUUCUGUUCUCAGUUUUAGGCCUCUUUGGUGAAGUUUACAGUAUAUUACAAUUCAGAGUUUGACAGAAGGUUCAGACAACCACAGGCGUUUGGAUACUUUUCUGUGACUGUCAACAUCUGUGGCACUAGCUAAACCUCACCCAUCUGGCAGCCUAAAACUGAAAAUCCUAUUUGACGCAGGUCUGCUUUUGUCUCCCGUACAAUCUCUCCAUGUGGCAGUUGUGUGUCUGUACUGAAGUAACACUCCCGUAGCUCUUGAAGUGAACUGAAGUUGACAGUACUCAUCCGCCCUUCCUAAGCAUGUUCAUUCAGGAGAAUUCAAAGGCAUUUUAACGACAGUUUCUGUUUUCUUAAGUAGUUUACACUAAGCGUUUUUUUGCAACUCUGAACCUCCCGAGUUUCACCUCUUUAUGUUUAAUAAUUUUUCAUAAUUUGAGGGAGUCUUACUUUUGUUUUAGUUUUUUUGUUUCUGGUGUAACUAGGGUUAUGUAGGCAUAUACUUAAUAGCAUUCAUUUCCUUUUUUUGUGAAAAAACAAAAAAAUUCCUGCCAGAACAUGCGAACAAUCACAGCUAAAAUUCAGUGAACAACUACGAGUUCUGGUUUGGUCAGUUUCUCCUUCAGUAUUCAUUUAAGGGCAUUUAAAUUAUAAUUUAAGUAGAAAGCUCUAAUCGUUCCAGUCUGCAAAAGACAAUAACACAACAACCCCUUGACAAGAGGCCUCCUAAGACUUACAGUAUGUAUGAUAUGUUGUACCUUCUCCUGUGCACAUGAACAAGCUGACAGAGACCCUGAAGUGGUGCUUAUCACGCUGCAGAGUUACCAUUGUGAGUCUGUCAUCAGAUCACACGUGUUCUUCUCUUUUGAGAGGAGAAGCGGCGUGGAUCAUGGGUAGAACUGUGUUCCGCCUUUGCCCUGCAUAUUUGUUACACUGAUACCACACUCCAGGAAACAAUAUUUCCACUGAAACAUUCCAGACUGAACAACUUAUACAAGAAAAACCUUUGUAUAGUGACCAUGACAGUCGCACAAGGCAGCGUUACCUGCCGUCUUUUUAAUCUACCGGGCUACUCUGUAUUAGUGGGUUUCUGUGUCUUUUUAGGGAGAUUGCUAGCUACUAUUGUGCAUUAUAGCUGUUAUUAGUGUUUAUGAAUGUUGUGCUUAAUUCUGAUGUAAAGCCACUUCGAUUCAUUAGUGGUGGUCACAGCUUUGAGAGUGACGGACGUGACUUCUCCAUACGCCAGUUGUGCUUAAAAUUUAGACUUGCUAGGUAAAGGACAGCAUCUGCGCAAUUUACAUUUUCCAUACAGAACAGGGUUUGACCAAUAUAGAUUUCCGAAGGCCGAUAUUGAUAUUUGUGAAUUGAGUGUGCCAGCAGCUCAUAACUUGUGCCAAUGUCUAAUAUCUUAAAAGAAGUCCGUAAGUACUUAUACAAUUACGCUUUUUUGUUGCAUAUGACCUGUAUUCUUUCAUACAGGGUUUGUAAUUAAACUGGAUGGAGGUUAAAAUGCCAAAUUCUAGCUUUUAGCACAUUUCAUAUUCAGUGUAUUAAGAGUACACAGUAAAAACAACAAAGAAAGUGUCACUUUCCACACGCUUAUGGACUUUAUUGUAUAUUUUUUUGGCUAUUUUCAGAGCGCAAAAAUGAUAAUUCCUCCUUGUUUCCUGUUGAAAACCCUCUAAAACUGCAUGUAAAUCAGCGCAGCGCACUAAAACACUAAAUCAAAUCUACUAACGCUUUAAGGAUUAGCAGCUCUUAACGGCAGAGUGACCAACCCCAGAUAGUUAAAAGCAACAUAAAAUGGACUAAAAAUCUGCAAAGAACAUUGUAUUGUAGGUUCUGCUUAAUGGUUUUACGUGACCAGUGAGAGAGAAACCUCCAUUAUAAAGGUCGCGCAUGACUCAAGAAGCAGAUUUCUGAGUCUUAGUAAGAGCUUAAUAUCAGCUCAGUAUAUUGGUCUGACCCUAAUAAAGAAUAGUGGGCACAAAUGAAUUUCACACAUUCCCUCAUCAGUGUCGUCUCUUAUUGAGAAACUUCUACUUUGGAAACAGAUAAGGGAGGGUUGUGGCGGAUUUAAAGCCCCAAGGCAGGAAAUCACGACAUAAUGUAUGAUGUCUUAUUGCUAAGUUUACCAUACCAAUGCCUUGGCUGAUUUUUUUUUUUUUUUUUUUUUAGGGUCAUAUUUUAUCUUUGUUAAAAACCAUGAGGCUAAAAUUAAAACAUGACAUAAAUAUGUUCUGUGAGAAAAAUAGAUGGUGAUUGAAAAAGCUUUUGUUGGUUGGGGAUUUUUUUCUGACACUUUUUUUUUUUUUUUUUCAUAAGCUUUCUGAUCUUUAAAGUCCAAGAGACAUCAUCAUCUUUCUGUCAAAGUAUAAUCCUGGUUAUAUUAAAUAAUAGAAACAGUUUCUUUUUCUAAAGCUCUGACUCAAAGGCAUAUACGCACAAUCACAGCAUUUCAUGUAAAUCAUGAUGUCAAAUGUUAUCAAUAUUCAUUUAUGAUCUACAUAUCAGGCAAGGUUAAAUCCAACAGGUACAAUGGGAUAUAACUGUAAUCACUUGUUUUGCUGUCUACUAAUAACAUCGAAGCUCAGAUUUACACUAUCAGCUUGAUAUUGUGCUGCUGUAGCAACACAACCCCUACGUGGGUAAUUAUUAUGUUCGUAAUGGUUUCUGUUCUUACUGGAGCUGAAGUUGUACGCUUUCCUCUAUGGGUAUGGGAAAUUUUACGUCCCUGAAUUGCUAAACCCUUUUACAUUUUCAAAAAUGCACAGUCAGCCCGAAAUCAAGUGUCUUGUUGACUUGAAUUAUAAGGAUUGUUUUGACAAAAGCAAUACAAGCUAACUCUGGAACAGUCUUUGUAUUUCACUUGAAAUUUGUGCAAUGGACUGGUUUCAAUGUGAAUACAUAAAAACAUCACCUCUAAAAUGUGGAGAGCUACUUCAUAAGAAGUGCAUGCUGAAAUGUAUGCCUGAACAGUUUUUAUAAGUCUGACAGAAGCUUCCUAAAGACAUAUUCAAGAAUUUUCCGGUUUUGUUGCAUGCAUUCUUUCAAAACACACGAGGAUUAAUCUUAAAUUAUGAAGUCAAUUUGAUGUGAGCGAAAAAGUUGCAUCUCAAACAUCUGGUCUCAGCUGCGUUCUUACUCUUAUAUAAGAUAUUUACCUACAGACAACCUUCUUCUUUAUUAUAUUUUCAUGGAACUGGGAUGUAAGAGGCUGUACAUUGGUCAUGCAUCAAAAGCAAUUUUCCCAGUUCAAGGUCUGUUGAAAAAUAUUGUUCCCUUUGGUUUUGAGCCAUGCAUCUGGUUAUGUCCUGUGGAUCUAAUAGCUUUCCCUACUAUGUGGUGAGCCUGUUCUAUAUUUGGCCUCUUUAGUCUUUUUCUGUAACCUGCAAAUGUGUUGUUCAGCUUUUGGUGUCCUCUCUGAAUAAAUGCAUACUCUUCUA